AUGGAUAAUGGAGAUAAAAGUUGGAUGAAUCACCUAAGAUGGACAGAAGAGUAUGCUGCUGGAGUGAAUUAUUUUCUUGACAAAGCAUUUGAACGAGCUUCUCAAGGAAAUGAGAUAUUAUGUCCUUGCAAAAAGUGCAUGAAUCGCUAUUGGCAUUACAGAAAUGUGGUGGAGGGUCACUUGGUUGUUCAUGGGUUUGUUGAUAAUUACACCAAAUGGGUUUUUCAUGGAGAAGGGGUUUCAUCGAGAAAUACACCGCAUCCAAUAAAUGACGAUGAAGGUUCUAAUUUGCGUGAUGAUAUUGAUGGACUACUUCAUGAUACAUUUAGAAAUGUAGAGGGUGAGUCAGGGCAUGAAGAAAGAGUGCGACAGGGUUUAUCUGAAGACGCAAAGAAUUUUUUUAAAUUAUUGGAGGAAGGGAAACAAGAGUUAUAUCCGGGUUGUGAAAAUUUCAAUAAAUUGAAUUUCACCAUUUGGUUGUACUUAUUUAAAUCAUUACAUGGUUUGAGUAAUGUAGCAUUCUUAGACUUGUUAGAUUUGAUAAGAGAGGCAUUUCCCUUUGCUCAGAUACCAGAGUCCUUCAAUAAGGCUAGACAAGUGAUUAAAGAUUUGGGUCUUCAUUAUGAAAAAAUACAUGCAUGCCCUAAUGACUGCAUGUUAUUUUGGAAGGACAAUGAGAAAGUAGAUAACUGCUCUGUCUGUGGAACUUCUAGAUGGAAGAGUGUUGGUGAUGCCUCGACUAAUUCACGCUCUAAAAUUCCUGCGAAGGUUUUAAGGUACUUCCCCUUAAAGCCUAGGCUUCAAAGGAUAUUCUUGUGUUCUGAAACAGCUGUUGCAAUGAGAUGGCACGCUAAUGAACGACCCAAUGAUGGAAAUUUAAGGCAUCCUGCUGACGGGGAACCAUGA